AUGGAGGUUCAACCAUUUAACCUGGAAGCCUUUGACGCAGCCGCGAAAGAAGAGAGGACUGAUGAGAUUAAGGGUACCGGUCAAACCAUCCACUGGAGAAAUUGUGAUCGUGCAUUUCAAAAGAAAUGUCAGGGUGGAGUUUGGUUGGGCAUGCCUAAGGAGGGCGGUUGGGUGAAGGUCGAUCCAGGCUUUUCUGUUUAUUUUAUCCGGGGUUCGAAGGGCGAGCUUCAAAAUCAAUUAGUAGUCAGUGGUCUGGUAUUUAACCCCAUGAACAACACGGCAAGGCUAAUCCGUCUGUUUCAACAAAACGGUUUAGCUUCAGGAACAGGAAUCAAGAUGCUACCCAAAACGACUUUAGUCAGGGCAGAUCAUGCAGGUGGCGUGAAGCAGAGUUUCGCCACGAACAGCCCCGAAUUGCGGAAUGACAAGCCCGGAUCCGACCAUCCCGACGAACUUAUCCUAAAUUGA